ACAGUGUUCUAACAUGAAGACCGCAGUCGUUUUCGUUUUAUUGGCCGGCCUUUUGGCUGUGAGCUCAGCUCAAUCCUUCCACAGGGUUAACAAGUUCGUCUCGAAUGUCGGACAAUACCGUCCAUCCAACGAUGGUCAAUACCGCCCAGACAACUCCGGACAGUACAAGAACAACGAUGGACAAUACCACCCAGAUAGCACCGGACAAUACGUUCAUCAAGACAACAAGUACAACCAUUUAGAUGAUAAAUACAAGCACCAAAACAACAACUACCAAGAUAAAUUCAACAAGUACGGAAACGGUAAUGGAAACGGUCAAUACAAUGGACAACACGGAGGUCAACACGGUGGACAAAACGGAGGUCAACACGGUGGACAAAACGGAGGACAAAACGCUGGUAAUCAAGGAGGACACUUCGCUAACGGUGGAAACAACUUCGAACAUGGUAACGGCAUCCACGGAUCCGCUGCUGGUAAAUACGAGAACAGGAACUACGCCAUCAUCCGUGACAUCAAGAAUGUCGAUGUAGAUGGUUACCACUACUUGUACGAAACCGAAAACGGAAUCCUCGCCGAAGAACAAGGAAAAUUGGCCAACGUUGGUACUGAUGAUGAGGGUAUGCGCGCCCACGGAUUCUUCACCUACACUGGACCAGACGCUGUUGAAUACACAGUCAAGUACACCGCUGAUGAGAACGGUUUCGUGCCAGAGGCUCAACAUUUGCCAACUCCUCCACCAGUCCCAGAACUCAUCCUCAGGGCUUUGGAAUACCAAAGGGCUCAUGGCACUUUGUAAAUUAAAACUUACCUGAAUUGACUGAAA